UAAGGAAAGAUUUGCUUCCUUAAAGAGAAUGGAGAAGCUGUAUGGAAAGCCUAUAUAAACUCAACUAGCUGACACUCUUUCCCUCUAAUUUCAUUUAAAGGUUCUGCUGCGCACUGUAAGAUUGAAGGCUGCAACACCCCCUCCUGCCACCAACAGGCAUCUUCACUUUCAAAGGCAGCGCCACAAAGAGACCGGCAAGAUGUCUGAGAAAAAGAUGACAUCCAGCCGCAAGCACCAUCUGAAGAGCUUGUUGCUUCAGAUCGCUCAUGGGCUUUUGGAGGACGAGGCAGCUGAGGAGGAGCAAGAAAAACAGCGAUACAUGGAAGAUAACUGUCCUACUCUCUCACUGCCUGGAAGCAUGCAGGAUCUACAGGAACUGUGUAGGAAGUUGCACCAGCAGAUAGAUGCCAUUGAUGAACAAAGAUACGAUAUGGAGACCAAAGUGGCCAAGUCAAACAAGGAGAUUGAUGAUCUGAAGAUAAAGGUUCAGGACCUGAAAGGUAAAUUCAAGAAACCUGCUCUGAAGAAAGUGCGAAUGUCUGCUGAUGCCAUGCUGCAGGCCCUGCUUGGCUCCAAACACAAAGUGUCUCUGGACCUGAGAGCCAACCUCAAACAGGUCAAGAAAGAGGUCAAGGACGAGAAGGAGGCAGUGGGAGACUGGCGUAAGAACAUCGAGGAUAAGGCUGGUAUGGAUGGCAGGAAGAAGAUGUUUGAGUCUGAGGCCUAAAUCUGU